AUGAGGUUUGGCCGGCCUGAUCACGCCUUAAAAGGUGAUUUGAUCCAAACACCUUUACCUUCAAGAUUGCCAACAGAGUUGAACUUGUCAAUUGCAAAAGUCUUGGCAAUUCCUAUCUCGCCAGCAGCUGGACAAUCGGAAAACGAAGGUGGAGAGAUACCCUUGCGUAAAUCAUCCCUCUCUGCACAAUCUCCAGGUGUUAAUGGCACUUCUAGAGUACAGCAUGAUGAUUCACCAUCAUUGACAACGCAAUUGGCAAGCCUUUUCCCAUCUGCAAACGAUCUUACGCCAGAAUCCAUAGCCCGAAAACAAGCUCAGAUACGGCAAGAAUUAGCCAUUCAAGAGCAGUACAUUGCAACUUUGCUGGAGAAGUUGCUAAAAAGACAAGCAGCAUUACGAAGGCAGGAAGGCGAUGAUGUUCAAGAUGGGGAUUUUGAGGAGAGUUCAAUUUCUCACUUAUCAUCACAUGAUUUAGAUCAAAAAGUUCAAACGCUUUUCCAGCAACUUUCAGUCAUUCGUGAAAAGGCACAUAAAAGUGAAGAGAUUGUCAGGGACAUAACGAGAGAUAUACGCAUGCUCGAUACAUGCAAGCGAAAUGUGGUGAACAGUAUGACCGCUUUGAAACGAUUACAGAUGCUUGUCAAUGCGGUUUCACAAUUGGAAAGGUUAACGAAAGCAAGUCGAUUCCGAGAAGCAUCAUCAUCUCUAUCCGCUGUAAAGUCUCUGCAAUCUUCUUUCAAAGGCUUUGCAGGUGUAGAAAGGGUUGCAAGCAUUCAACGUGAAGUGUCUGCAUUACAGAAAGAAUUAGGAGACAAAGCAAGGGCAGAGAUUGAAUCUCAUUUCACGAACGAUGCAAAUCGACCACUUCGAACCACAUCUGUACCUGAUGCCGCACUUGUUAUUGAUGCAUUAGGAGCUGAAGCAAAGCAAUCUCUCAUCGACUUUUAUACCACUUAUCAAUUACGAGAAUACAGAAGGAUCUUUCGUGCCACUGAUGAGGCCGGGCAAUUGGAUAAUGUCGCCAGACGAUUUGCGUGGUUCAGACGGAUCCUCAAGACGUACGAUGAAGAACAUUCCGCUGUGUUUGAGGAGGGGCCAAUCAAAAAGUGGAAUGUGGCAGGAGAGCUCUUACGCAAAUUCACAGAGAUUACCAGACAGGACAUUCGCAGUGUCCUAAUACGUACACAAGGAAAGUUGCAAGUGCCUGUCUUGUUGGAAGCUUUGAGUGCUUCACUGGAAUUCGAGAGAUCCAUGUCGCAAAGAUUUGGCAUGCCAUUCGCACAGCUUUCCGCUGGAUCAAAUGCUGCAGAAUCGUCUGUUCCUUCAACCCCGAUCAAACCUUCUCCAAGCAGCCAGACCACCUUGUCUUCCGCCUUUGAUCCGUAUCUCAACCUAUUUGUUGAGGCACAAGAUCGUACUUUGAGCGAAAUGAUACAGACAUUUAAGCGUCAAGGAACGCGGGCAUCACUGGACGAAUCAUCAAAUGAACAUGGUCGAGAUGGCGCACAUACCGUGUUGCCAUCGAGUACGGAAUUGUUCUACUUCUACGGCUCUGUCUUAGAACAGUGCGGUAGACUCAGCACACGAGAACCUUUCCGUGAUCUUUGCGGUGUAUACAAGAAACACCUUCAAGGCUAUGCAGAAGAAGUGUUGAAACCGCUCUUACAACGAACUGAUUUUGUCCGUCGUAGCGCUGAUGUGAGAGCGAGCAUUUCUGAUCUGCAACGGAUUUGCAUGGUGAUCAAUACGGCUGAUUAUUGUGCAACAACGUCGAAACAACUGGAAGAGAAGCUCAAAGAGAAGAUUGAUGCAGAAUUCCGAGAUUCAGUUGACUUUGAGCCAGAAAGGGAUGUGUAUCUGUCAGUUGUCUCAAAUGGUGUUCAAGCUCUUACACGAGAAUUGGAAACCUCAGUGGAAGCAGCAUAUCAACAGAUGUUACGAGCAUCUUGGAACAAUCUAGAUCAAACGGACAUCAAAUCAGCGUAUGUGGACGAAUUUGCAGGAUCGCUAGAGCAUGUUGCUGUUGUGGUUCGACAGGAUAUCCAGAGCAAACGAUAUGUUCGCAAUUGGUGCGAUAAAGUGGUCGGAUUGGUUCUAGCGAGAUUUAUGUUUAACAUUGUCAAGCUGAAACCCGUCUCUUCUUUAGCCGCACAACAAUUGCUGACUGAUCUAACAGAGAUUCGAAUGUCCCUUUUGGAACUUCCGCGUUAUACAUUGUCAGAAGAAGGUAGCACAUCGGCUGCAUCAUCGUACAAUCGUUACGUGUCCAAAGGUAUUGGGCGAAUUGAAACACUGCUCAAACUGAUUGCCAUCUCGGAAGAUUCGCCACCUGAAGUAUUGGUGGAUACCUACAUUGAAUCUGUUGGAGAUCGUUCAUUCUCCAAUUUCCAAAAGAUUCUCGACCUAAAAGGGAUUCGGAAAUCAGAGCAGAAUACGCUCAUGGAUACGUUUGUCAGUCGAUCAUCACAAAUCGAUAGUUUGGAAGAUUCUUCCUUUUUGACAACGUUGGAUAUGGAUACAACCAACGUUCCAGGAGCGAUUGGCUUGGGUGGUGGAAGUAUGGUCACAGGUACAGAUACGCCACCGGCUUCUGCUGGAGCUGGCUUGUUCAACUUUAUUGCCGGUGGUGUUGGAGAUGGAGGGACGAAUACACCACCUUUGGGCUCUGCACCAAGGUUCUCCAGCCCUGCCGGUCGUGGGAAAGGAUCAGGCCAAGGUGAUGCUGUUGGCGCAGGUGCUCAGCGAGCAUUUUCGGAUUUGCGAAGAUUUGGAUCCAUGCUCGUUGGACGGAGAGAAGCAAGUUCAGACAAUAAAGGUAGAUAG